AUGUAGAAGUUAUGGACCCACUGAGCACAUCACAAGAUGCCAUGAACGCAUACUUUAAUGCAGCGCAUAAUUCACCUGUUCAGGCAGAGGAAAAUCAGCCUGUUGUGAGACCCAAAGAACCUGUUGGGAGACCACUCUCGCAAUUGUUAAAUAUUGAGAGCUUACAACAAGAAAAUACUCAGAGAAUGUUUACGUUGCCGACUCAGAUUCCCACACAUACAAGUCCCAAUAAUUUCUCAACGAACACAAGUCAACAGUCUGCAAUUUUAACAACUGUUCUUGAAAAGCAGAAUCAAUUAACAGACAUAAUGGUUAAACAACAAAGACUCUCUACACUGCCAAAAAUCAAUCUGAUUGUUUUUGAUGGAGACAUUCUUCAGUAUCAGUCAUUCAUGCAAACGUUUGAACAUGUUAUUGAAAGGAAGAGCAAAGAUGACCAAGACAGAUUUCACUUUUUAAUGCAGUACACAAAGGGUCAAGCGCAUGAUCUUGUGAAGAGUUGUCAGCACAUGGCGGCAAGUAGAGGCUACCUCAAAGCAAAGCAACUGCUGAAAGAGACCUUUGGUAAUGAGUAUAGACUUUCUUGUGCAUAUAUGGAAAAGGCUCUAAAUUGGCCUGUAAUCAAAUCGGAAGAUCCCAAGUCAUUGAAAGAAUACGCUUUGUUUCUCAGAACAUGUUGUAAUGCUAUGGAAGAUCUACACUACAUGGAUGAAUUGAACACUGUGACUAACUUAAGAAAUGUUAUGCUGAAACUCCCAUUCAGGUUGAGAGCAAAAUGGCGUGCAGAAGCACACGAGCUGCAGACCAUGGGUAGGAUUAAAAUGCUUGAUUUAGUCACUUUCAUUGAAAGACAAUCCAGCAUAUUGUCAGACCCAAUCUAUGGCAACAUCCAGGAUGCAAGCUCUGUCCGUGGAAAACCCAAGGUAACACCGAAACCAAAAUCUAAAGGAACAUUUGCCACAAAUGUAAAUCUCCUGUUAACAGCGCACAGGUGUCACUCAGAGCUGGAGAACACGCCGGGGCCGGUGACCGGGACAAUGGUGCAGACUGCUUGCUGUCUAUUGUUCCUGUGAAAGUGAAACACGCUAAAGGAAGGAAAACCAACAUACUGCUCCGUACCAUGUCGCAAGAGAAGGCCACAUCUGCAAACAUCAUUACAGGCCUGGAGGUGAGCGCCAUUGAUUCCAGGGAGUUCAUCAACUUACCUGAGGUGUACACCCAGAGCAACAUGCCAGUGAGCACCAACAGCAUACCCAGUGAAGUUGAACUCAGAGCUUUCACCUACUUGAAAGAGGUAAAGAUUCCCAGAAUCAAAGCGAAUGUGGAGUUGUUGAUUGGCAGCAAUGCUCCAAAGGCGCUUGAACCAUGGGAAGUUAUUAACAGCGAAGAUAAUGGACCAUACGCUGUGAGAACAGUUCUUGGAUGGGUCAUAAACGGACCAAUGCAAAGACCAAGGUAUGAUGGUAAUACAGUUGUCUCUGCAAAUAGAAUCUCAGUUGCAAGCCUAGAAGAAUUGUUGAUGCAACAAUACAAGCAUGACUUUUAUGAGAGCCAAGAGGAAAGGCUUGAAAUGUCUUUUGAGGACAAGAUGUUUAUGACUAAAGCAGAACAAUCUGUUAAAUUACUCAAUGGACAUUAUGUUUUAGACUUACCUUUUCGAAACAAAGGCAUUGUUAUGCCACACAACUACCAAGUGGCAGAACAGCGGCUUGCUUCUUUGAAAAAGAAAUUUUUAAAGAACAGUCAAUUCAGAGCUGAAUACACUGAUUUUCUCUCUGAAGUUAUUAGUAAUGAACAUGCUGAACUUGUGCCUGAAAAUGAAAUUGAAAGAACUGAUGGAAGACUUUGGUACAUUCCACAUCAUGGGGUGUACCACCCUAAGAAGGGAACACUUAGAGUUGUUUUUGACUGUGGUGCAACGUACUGUGGAACCUCUUUGAACUCAGAACUCUUGCCAGGUCCAGAUCUGACAAGCUCUCUCCUAGGAGUUCUCUUGAGAUUCAGACAAGAGCACGUCGCAGUGAUGGCAGACAUUCAGAAGAUGUUUCACCAAGUCCGAGUCACUAAAUCUGACAUAG